GAAAGAUGGAGGGCAAGCGAAGUAAACAAAAAGUUGCACGAAGUGAAACACAAGAAUCGCGUCAAAUGACUGAUGCUACUAAUUCGUCUCUACAACCAGUUAGGAAGAGUAAGCGUGCAAAUGCUGGAAAUUGGUCUACGUUUAUGAAUAAAAACAAAAAGCAGAAUACCAAUCCGCAACCCGCUGCGGACACAAAAGAAGUCGACAGCCAGCCACAAGUUCAUGAUCAGCUGAACCAUGAAAGUAGAUGCAGUAGUUCAUCCAGUCUAGGUCAACUGUGUCUAUCCUCAGCUGAGGUGACUGUCAUUACAUCAGAACCUAGUAUGCCAGCAGAAAAGCCGAAGCCAAUUUAUGUGCCAGCAGAAAAGGCGAAGACAAUUUAUGUGCCUGCCGAAGACGAGAAGUUGGCAAGCAUUCCAUCAGAUAAGGAAAAGUUAAGUGCACCACCAGUGGCAGCACUUAUAGAGAAGGAAAAGGCGUACAUUUUUAAGGAUCCUAACUUUGUGCAUUCUGUGAGAGGUUGCAUGACUGGAGGUAAAAAGACAAGAGCAUGGAAAAGUUUAAAACAGAUCAUCUCUGCAGAGAAGGCAGCACAGUGGCAUCCUGAUGCACCUAUCUAUGGCGCCAUCGAUUCACCACCUUCCAUGAAACCUGCAAAGAAGUACUCGGAUGUGUCAGGGUUGCCUGGCAAAUACAGGGAUCCACAAACGAAGCUGAUGUUUUACUCGAGUUUAGAAUUCAACCACAUUCGCUGUUUACCGGGUGAUAUAGUAGGCGGAUAUCUAUCGUUGAGAAAGGCUGAUAACCCAGCAGGAUGGUAUCGCCCGUAAUGGGGGCACACUGUCUACUGGUGACCCUAAUCGAAUUGAUAAAAGGUAGCAAACAUUUCUGGUUCUGCUAAUUUUCCAAUGUAAUUCUGUUGUAUGAGUAGUUUAAACUUUAAUUUUAUUGAUAUGUAAUCAAGUAACAAGGCAGACAUUUAUUGAAAUGUUCUUCAUUUGUAAAUACUACAUUAGUAGGCAUUUUUGUACAGUAAAUGUGUUUGUCUAUGAUACGCAUAGAACGUCAGUGAUUAAUAUGUGUACGUUUCAUGCUGAUAGCAAAAUAAAACUUUACACAGUUUCAUUGUUGCAGAGUGGUAUCGAUUAGAUUUCUUAUCACGCAAAUCAAGGUUUCAUUAUAAAUUCAUUGCAUUUGCACUACCUGGCAACCUGAACAAGUAUUGCGCAUAUUGUACUGGCAAGAUAUGUAUCUUUUUCAUCAUGAAAAUAUAUAGAUUGGAAUUAAAUAUCCAGUGUAAAAUGCAUC